UUUUACAUCCUCUGAGCUUUUGUUUUUGUACAUGUAUUCAGAUGCCAUUUUAUAUGGGAUGUUGUAUUUAUAUACUGGGCCAUGCAUUUUUUUAAAAAAAGUUUUAGUGGAGUUUGGUUGAGGGAAACAAAUUUAAAUUUUUAAAGGUAAAAGUUGAUUUAAAUUUUUUUAUUAUAAAAAUGUGUUAUUAUGUGGAGAGCUUCAGCCUGGUGAGGAGGCGGUGUUUGGAGAGCCGGUCAGAGAGUUGAGAUGUGUGCGCACAGACCACAGACCAGAGACCACGCCCAACAUCCCCAUGAGGUCCCUGGGGGCCCUUAAAGGAUGAGGCCUCAGGCUUUACAAAGCACUAUCACUCGGGCCUUGUCUCAGAGUCACUGAGCCUCUACACUACACGUCUUUGGAUCUAGAUCUAUCUCUACACUUGCUCUAGCAUUUGGACAUAAUGACUUCUUCCUCCAGCACCAACAGCGACCAGCGUCUGGAGCAUCUGCUCAGCGCCGUGGAGAGCGAGCUGCAGAAGGGCAGCGAGAAGGGAGACGCGUCCGAGAGGGAUAUUAAACUGAGCCUGGAUGAUGCAGAUCUAUGGAACAAGUUCAAAGAGUUAACCAACGAGAUGAUUGUCACCAAAACGGGAAGGAGGAUGUUCCCGGUGCUGAGGGCCAACGUCAGCGGCCUCGACCCCAACGCCAUGUACUCGGUGCUGCUGGAUUUCGUGGCCGCGGACAACAACCGGUGGAAAUACGUGAACGGAGAGUGGGUUCCCGGUGGCAAACCGGAGCCACAGAGCCCCAGCUGCGUCUACAUCCACCCGGACUCACCCAACUUCGGAGCGCACUGGAUGAAAGCUCCGGUCUCCUUCAGCAAAGUCAAACUCUCCAAUAAACUCAACGGGGGAGGACAGAUCAUGCUGAACUCUCUGCACAAGUAUGAGCCGAGGAUACACAUCGUGAAGGUCGGAGGCAUCCAGAAGAUGAUCAGCAGCCAGUCUUUCCCCGAAACACAGUUCAUCGCAGUCACUGCUUACCAGAAUGAAGAGAUUACUGCUCUGAAGAUAAAGCACAACCCCUUUGCCAAAGCCUUCUUGGAUGCAAAAGAAAGGAGUGACCAUAAAGACCUCCCCGAUCACAAUGCAGACAGCCAACAGUCUGGCUACUCUCAGCUUGGAGGUUGGUUCCUCCCAGGCCAGAGUCCCAUCUGCCCCAGCAGCAGCCCUCCUCAGUUCAGUAGCUCAGCGGGCCACUCCUCCGGCUCCUACUGCGAGCGCUACUCCAGCCUGAGGAACCACAGAGCGGCCCCGUAUCCCAGCCACUACCCACACCGCACCUCCAGCACGAACAACUACAUGGACAACACUUCAGGGAGUCUGCCCACUCAUGACAGCUGGUCCGCUCUUCAGAUCCCCAACUCCACAGGCAUGGGCACUCUGUCCCACAGCACUAACUCCACAUCCCAGUCCAGCCAGUACCCCAGCCUAUGGUCAGUAGCUGGCACCACCCUCACCCCUUCAGGCUCGGCCUCGGGCUCCAUACCCGGAGGUCUGACCUCCCAGUUCCUGAGGGGCUCCUCCUACACGGGCCUGACCUCCUCGCUGCCCGUCUCCUCGCCCUCCUCCAUGUAUGACCCCAGCCUGAGCGAAGUCGGGGAUGCCCAGUUCGAGAGCUCCAUCGCCAGGCUGACCGCGUCCUGGGCGCCCGUGGCUCAGAGCUACUGAGUCUCUGGAGGCUUCAGGAGCCGGACUAAAGACACAAAUAAAAGGUCCUGGAGAAGAUGAAAUGCAAAGAUCUCUUCUGGCUCCUGCUUGUGAAAAAGCGCAGUUUAGAAGAUUAAAUCAUUCCAGAGGCUCUAUUUAAAAAAAAAAAAAGGUGUAAAGUUUGUCUGGAGUCAGUUGAUGUGCAAAGACAGAACUUGAAAGACAAUCAUCUCUUCCCGUGUUGGGCAACAUCACACUAGAAUAAUAAGACUUACAUGUUCAGAAAUCCUUAAUAAUUCCCCAACAUGUUAAUUACACCUUUUCUAAACUCCUUUAGCUCCACACAACCAAACUCAACUGAGCAAACUUUGAUGUUUUUGUUUUUAUCCUUAAAUAUAUAAGAUGAAAAAAUGGUUCUGCUAACAUAAAUGUGUAUAUGUGUGUAAAUAGAAUAAAUUAACGUCCAGUGUUUUCCAUAUAAAUGUGCCUUUUUUUCCUGAUUGCAAUAAAUGUUCAAAGAUCGGACACACAAGUGCCUUCUGCAUCCUGCAGGGUUUCGUCAAGACCAACUCCUGCACAAACAAGUGUACAUAACUAUCUAUUUGUAUUUGA